GUCCUGCCGCUUUAAGGAAGGUGGUACCUACCCUCGUGAGCUCGAGAACCCAUCCCCCGAGCUCUCCUGCUGGCUGUUUAAUCCCAUUGUCAACGAGUGCAACACAACACCGACCAGACCGAGCAUCAAGCAUUGAGCAGCGGAGUCCUUUACACAUGGAAAUCACAAUCACGCCUUCACACAACACGGGCCUCUGAAAUGCAGAUUUCCAGCGCAAAAACUUUACUACCCAGAUUUCCAGUACAAAAAGAGCCGGGGGACUGCAACCAGAUUUAAUGCACAGCAUUCGGAGGCAAGAGCAUAAGAAGCAUUCACUCGCAACUUUAAGGCUUUUUUUAAAAAAGAAAUUUGCAAGCACACAAUUCAAAAGACGAUUCUGUAAUUUAAAUCAACGACAGACUUUUAACGUUUUAGUAUUUUUUUUAAUAAUACAUUAUUACAUUUGAAUGUAAAGUUUUAGUUUUUUAAAAUGUAUGCUUUUGCAUUCGUGGUACUGUUUAGCUUGUUUUCCCCGGGCUGGUGUGACUCCUGCCCCUCGUCCUGUGAGUGUUCCGAAGCUGCCAGGACGGUGAAGUGUGUUUUUAAAGAUGUGACUGAGGUACCGGCCGGUAUCCCCUCGUACACGAGAAACCUCUACCUGACGGGCAACAGCAUCAGCCGAAUUGGACCGGCGUCAUUCAGAGGGCUGGGUGAUGUCACCAAACUUUCACUAAGCAAUAACAGAAUUACUGUGAUAGAGUCCCACACAUUUGCUGCCCUGCACAAUCUCCGUGUUCUAGAUCUGAGUAACAACGGCCUGUCAGUCAUACACCCAGAUUCCUUCAACUCGGAGAACAACUCUAUACGCGAUCUCAACCUCAGCCGCGCUCUCUACAACCAUUCCGCUAUCGGCGACCUGGCAGCUGCAAUGCGCAGAGGCGGCUUUGGGAACCUGCGCAAGCUGGACCUAUCCGAGAACGAGAUCGUCUACCUCCCGACCGGUAUCUUCUCGUCCCUGACGGCCCUGAGGCACCUGGACUUGAGAAACAAUUCCCUGAUGGUCAUCAAAAACUCUACCUUCGCUGGCCUCGACCUGGAGGCGCUGGACUUACGACUGAACGCCAUCCAGACGCUCAGAGCGGACAGCCUGAGAGAGCUCGAUGGAAUGGAGCGGGUGCAGAUCCAGAUGAGAGACAACCCGUUUGUCUGCAACUGUGGCAUUGAAGACUUCGCUGACUGGCUGAACGCUACUGCCAAGGUGGUGGACGCAGACAGACUGGUGUGCGUGCUUCCGAAAGAACUGCACAACACCUCGCUCCUGGCUGCGCGGGACCUGGAGCUCGGCUGUCACUACAGCGAGAGCGCAGAGAUCGCACUGCAGACCUCGUACGCCUUCCUCGGCGUCGUUCUCGGCUUCGUCGGCGUCAUCUUCUUGUUUGUUCUCUACCUGAAUAGGAAAGGUAUCAAAAAGUGGGCCAAUGAACUGAGAGACGCCUGCCGGGAAGUAAUGGAAGGCUACCACUACAGAUACGAGAUCGAGUCGGACCCCAGGUUAGGGCAGUUAUCCACCUCCGAUUUGUGAUAACAAAUCCUGCACCUAAAGACUUGUAUGUAGAUUUGUUUUAUUUCUAAUGACUUUAUAUUUGUAUAUAUUCAUAAUAGCAUGAACAAUAUUUGCUCAUUAUUGUGUACAGAAUUGUUGUCAUUUUUAGCAUGUUGAAAUCGGAAGGACUCGUGGAGUUAUCGUGCUCUUUGUGUAGCCCCCCGCUGUUGGAAAUUUCCGACUCAGUCAACUGACCGCUGCAUUUUCCCACAGAAACACGCUGAACAAAACAACACAUGGUCUGUCACAACCCACAAGCUAAUUCAUCAGUGUAUCCGGCUUAAAUGUCUUAGUAACCCCAAAAACACAACGCAACAGCUGGUCACAAUAAAGGAGCAGAACACAAAUGAAUUUGCACAGACACGCUUGUACAUCCAUCCACUCAUUUCUUUUUUUAAUCAAACAAUCUUUUAUUUUUGUUCAUAGUUUCCUCUAUUAGCAGUUGUUCCACACCCUCAGAAUUGAGUAAUGUUUUAAGCAUUCUUUUAAAACAGUGGCCACUAAAAUACAGCACUCUGCAGUUUCUUUUGUUCACACAAAACAUGUGUUAUUUUUUAUUGAUAAUGGGUUAUUCCAACUCAACUGGACCAGUGGGGUUUGACGUUUUUUAAAUUAUCGAUAAUGGGUUAUUCCAACUCAACUGGAUCAAUGAGGGUGACCUUUCUUUUUUGGCAAGCUUUGAAACGAGAUUUGAAAUGAUGCAAAUGUUUGUUUGGGUCAAAGGUUAGGCAAAUGAACAUUUUUGACCACCUUCCAUUUUUCCUCGCCACACACUUCCCUUGGCAUGUGGUUUAAGUUUUAACGACACAUGGGCACACAGGCACGUUUCACCAAAACACCAGAAGUGCACAUAAUUGAAUCACUAAUCAGGAUUUUUUUUUUUCAAGUAUUCAAUGUUAAUCAACAUAUGCAGAACCACACUAAAUUAGGGGGUUGUUUCAAUAGCCCCAUGUUUUGUCACAUUUCUUUUCUUCUGUGAAGGAAAGUUUUAUAUAUAUUUUAAAAAAUGUGCAUUCAGCUGUUCAGACCACACAGGUUACUAACUGUGAUUAUGAAGAUGUAGAACCCUUCUCACUAGUGUUAAUAAAGAGCGAAUAUCUCUGCUGUACACUAGAUGGCGCUGGCUGUGACCCACGCCAUCUACAGAUCCUAUGGUUGAUCUUAAAGAACAAGGAAGUUAAAGAGCAAAGCCGUUUUUUAACUGCAUGAUAUUAUAAGACAGCAAACAUUUGUAAUUUUUAAACUGAUUAGAGGCGUUUAAAGAAAUUGCUUUUUAGUGUUUGCCAACAUGGUAACAAUGGAGGGGGAAGUCAAGAUAAAAAGUCAUUUGGCUCCAUUUAAAAUGUGAGGGUGUAACAUGUUUAAGAGACCAUUUCAUGCUCUCGGUGAUGCUGAAUGUGUUUCCGACUGAAAUGUUUUGCUGCGUGUCAAAUGUUUGUGGGAGAAGCUGUCAUUUUACUUCACACCAUGUGGGGAUCUGAGAUAGCAUGACACCUUUUAAAUAAACAGUCUUUGUUUCUACUGGCAUUGUUCCUGUGUUGCUUUAUGGGGUGAAUUGAUGGGGAAUACAAGUUCUUCAUGAAGCUACACAUCACAAUGGAUCUGAUCCCUUUGACCCGCUAAGAAACUGUUAUUUUCUCAUAUGACUUUUAAGCCUGCUUGAUGUAUAGUCAGACCCACAUAAUAGCACUCCUGUUAAUGCCAACCUCCCUGUUAUCACCACAUUGAAAUGUCCUGGCCAGAAUACUAUGGAAGUCAAUAGGGAAGGCUUCUGUAAUAUCACUGUGGUUAAUAUCAAUCACAUUUAUUAAAAGUAGCCGAUGCUCCUAAAGCAAUUGGUGUGUCACAUCGAAGCUCUGAACAUAUAGAACACAAAGUUCUAUUCAAACAAAGUUCUAGUUCCGGAGUUUAGACACAUUGUUUGAAAAACCAUGUGCUCCCUGGGAAGAAAGUCCACCAAUAAACCAAGAUGUUGAGGCCGUGGGGCAGGGCUAGGGCCAUAUGGAAUGAGCAGCUCUGAUACAACAAGAGGAAUGCAUUAGUUAAAGAUAUCUGAUGUUUUAUAACCAUACGUACCAAGCUGCUGUUUCAAACAGCACAUUCAUUCAGCCCUUGUGCUUCAAGAGACCAUGUGCACGACUGAUUUUAAGUCUUCCCCACCUCUUCCCAUUCUAUGACCUAUACACCAGCCUGUAUGUUCAAUCUUCGAGUAAUCUCUCACUGAAGAAUUGCCCCUGUUUAUCAGUAUAGUUUUAACUUUAACAGAUCCAGUGUGCCUUUCUGUUUCCUAGUCCUUUGGAGUAUGUAAUGUAUAUUGUAAUUAGGAUCUAAGAUCUGUGUAAGCUAUAGAUCCAGCUUGAACUGCUGUGCAUAUUUACUUGACAUGUUUGAUGUAUUGUUCUAUCAGUAUUAAGUGCCUGGAUUAGCGUCUGUUCCGCCUAUCCCCUCAUUCAUCAACCCAUGAUCGCUGGGGGAUUGACCUAUUUAAUUGGCAUUUUGAUGUAUUAUUAUUCUGUGGUAUGUAUAGUUUUCAAGAUGCGUGUGAGUGUGUCUUUCCAUGUACAAUAGUUAUAUAGCUUUGAUCUGAUUGAGUUUUAGUGCCUGCUGAAUAAACUUGCACACCGUUGGAAUUCUCUACUAAUUCAUCAUCAAUGGCAAGGGUUCUGUAGUAAGGUAGUAAAAGGUAUUUGGAUAGGAACAUGCAUAAUAUCAUUAAUAAAAGGGUCGGCUGUGGGGCCAUUGACCUGUGUUUGCCUACUGAGUAUCAGGGAAGUAGUUUGAUUCAAAUAUAUGCGAUCUGGCACAAGUAAACGUCCGGGUAAAAGUCUUUUUUAGCUCUAGCAAUAUUAUUAGAUCAGCAAUACUAUUUUCUCUUUUCUUCUGCUAGAAGUCUUUUGGUUCUUUGCUUGUAUUUUCUGCUUCAGUUUGAAACAUGCAGAUAUGUGGCUGUACAGUAAAGUGGCCAGGACACAGCAGUUCAUCGUUAGUG